UCUACCUCAUAUUUUCUUGGUGCUACUUCGUCGGGUGAUUCUAUUCUUGAGCAUGAAGUCAUGCCUAUUUCGUUGCCUGUUCCGAUUAUGUCUGAGUUUGUCUCUCCUUCUCGUCCAAUCUCGUUGCCUCCAUGCCCGCCGGCUCCUCUCAAAGUCUAUACAUGUCGCCCUCGACCAUCAACUCUGUGCCUCCACCAUCAUCCUUAUCGUCUACAGAUCUAGUGUUCCCACCUGCAUCUGACUCCAUGCCUAUUGCUCAGUGGAAAGUGUUUCUAUCCCAAAGACAAUGCAAGAUGCAUUCUUUGACUCUGGUUGCAAGCAAGCUAUGGAAUUGGAAAUGGAGGCCUUGCAUCAAAAUGGAAUGUGGGAGCUUGUUCCGUUACCGCCUCGUAAACAGACUGUUUAUUGCAAAUGGGUUUACAUUGUUAAGUUUAAUCUUGAUGGCUCAGUUGAAUGGUUGAAAGCUUGCUUGGUUUUUAAGGGUUAUACACAAACAUAUGGUAUUGAUUACGAUGAAACUCACCCCAAACA